CUCUUUGGCGGUUGUUGUGAAAGGCGGGAGGCCGGCGGGGAGACUUGCCUGCCUGGUUUUUCUUCCAUGGAGGCUUCCCCAGAGCUGAGCAGCUCGGUUGAGCGUUGGAGGAGGCGCUAUCUGAGUGGAGAGGAUUAUUUUUUGGAUGUAACACAAGCCAAAAGUAAAAGUAGAAGGGCCCUGAUAGCUACAGGAAACAGCUCACUUGAUGAUACAGUUGCAUCUAUACUGAUAAAUUCCUCACAAUCAAAACUUCUGUACUAUAGAAGAAAGCAUAACAGAACAUUUUUGGACUCCUCAAAAACUUUGAAAAACUUGGCUUGGCCAGAUGAUGACUUGGAUUCCCUAUAUAGUUCAGACCAGCUUCAUAUACAGCCAGAACUGAUUGGUGAUUUACUUGGAAGUAGUGAAAUCCAAAGUGAAGGCAUAUGCUCAGAAACAGAUACUACUCUGCCAUCCACUUUAACAGUGGCCACAUACUGUGAUUAUAAUAGUGAAGGUGAUGCAGUAAGAGAGAGCGUGAGCAUUUCUGAAACCCAAGAGCUGAAUGGGGAAAGCCUGGUAACACCUCAGUUUAAUCAAAUUUAUCAUGAAUUAUCUAUCAUCCAUCAGAAGCUACAGCAAGAGAAAUUAAGUCAGCAAGAGUAUGCUUUGAAACUUGAAAAGCGAGAACACUUCGUAGCUGAACGGGAAGUCCAGCUUUGUAGGCAUGAAGUUGCUUUGACCAAGAUAAGAGGCGUUGAAGAGGAAGUUCACACAAAAUUUCAGAUUAUGAAGGAGCAACAUGCAGCUGAAAUACAGGAGUUGUCCGAUACCUUGAAAGAAAAAACAAAGGAGAACAAAAGGCUGAAGACAUCAUUUGAAACAUUAAAGGAGCUGAAUGACACCUUGAGAAAACAGUUAAGUGAUGUGACUGAGCAAAACAAGAAGCUGGAAGUCCAGUCUCGAAAAGUACAGGCUCGUUUAGAAAAUUUGCAGAGAAAGCAUGAAUUUUUAUUAAUACAGAGAUCUAAAGAAGCCACAUUACAAGACAGUAAACCUGUGAAGUCAGAAAAAGUGAUAGCACCAUCAAAAGCUUAUAAAUUACCACUUAAUUCACAUAUCUAUGACCUGUUGACGGUAUUAAUGGACUGGAUCUCGGAGCAGCACCUCUGCAAACUGAUUGUUGAGGAAGAGAAAGGAAACAUUCACAAGCUGACAGGCACACUUGCUUCCAACAGAAACUACACACAGGAGAAAUGUGUCAAACUUUUGCCUCUCGUUGCGGAACAACUUCAGUGGUUGCCCUUUGUGACUCCUAACCUGCACUUCCCUGUGGUUAAGUGCAUCUACUGGGCUGUAAGGCAGUUAGAUGGAAGUACCCAGCAUGCAACAAUGACCUCAACCAUGAGAAGGCUGGGUGAAGACUUAUUUAAAGGUGUUGCCCCUAAGGGAAGUCAAUACAGUACUUCUGAACAUGCUACUGAUUCCAAGCCCAAGACUGCAUCUUUCUUUAAAAGUUGUAGUUUAUCUUUACGAGUUGUAUCAACUUUAAUUAUAAUCAAAGUGGUUACACAAGCUGAUUAUUUGGCACAGGCCUUUGAUUCACUUUGCAUUGAUCUGAAGACAGAUGAAGGGAAAGUCUUAUUUUUGGACUACCAAGCUGUGCCCAUUAUAUUGACUCACCUGAGAACAUCAAGGAAAGGCCUCCUUUCCAAUGCCAUUGACAGUUUACUUCAGAUGACAACAGAAUCUAGGUAUUUGAAUCAUUUUCUGGAAGCUUGUAGCAAUGAGCUCUUUUUCCGCACUUGUUCUGUGCUACUUCGAAAUUCUACACUUGAUACUCAGCUCCUGGAGAAACUCAGCAUUCUGCUUCAAAAACUUUCAAAAAUCAAGAGUAAUAAGAAGAUGUUUGAGCUGUUUACUAUCCACCUGAUGAUUCAAGAGCUACUGAGGACAGCACAUCCAGAUCAUGCCUUUUUAUGUAUUAACCUUAACUCAAUUCUCUUUAAUUUGGGUUUAAUAAAAAACAACCCCCUUGAAAAUAGUCAAAAUGCAAGUGACUAGCAGAUUGCAUUUUAUUAAAUCUUGUUUCCAGUGGCUUGUUUGUGUUAUAUGAACUAACAAGAUGUGGAAUGGGAAUUGUCACAAUAGGUGUCUUGAUUGUACCAGCCUUCAGAAUGCAUCAGUUAGAAUUGCUUUAAUGAGAAUUUUUCAGUUUUAUAAUGCUGGAUUGUUUACCUGUCAGUACGUUACUUGUUUUAGACUGGUCUUAAGCCAAAAGGACAGGCAUACAGCAGCCCACAAUACCUUGUCCUUGCGAUGUGACCAAUCCUGCCAAAGCCGAAUAGAGCCACAGACAGCAUCAUUUUGCAUAAGUAAUCUUGCAUCCAUUUGGACAGGGCAGGCAAUAGGGAUAAAAUGGACACAUUGUGGAGCUUCACAGAAACUUAAUGCAUCCAUUUUUGUUUAGAAACCAUGAAAAAAUCAUGGCACAAAAUUUUGAUAUGUCAAUUGAAGCCAGAGAAAUGUGGUUGGAAGCCAGCCUGUGUCCUAUGACCUGUAGGUUGCUUAACCGGUCAGUACAGAAAGAAUAGUAAUAUUCUUUUGCCUGGGCAGCUGGACCUUCUCUACAGAUUGUCAUUUCCUCCUCAUAAUGUUUGACCCCAAGGUUUCAGUGAUAAUUGACAGGAUCAGAUUUCCUGGCACUUUCAUCCCAGAAGAUAGUGUUUCACUGAGGUCAGUGGUAUAUCUUUUCAUUAAAUAUGUGUUUACCUGUUUUGUGGAAGUUAUUAGUAGCUGGAAAGAUUGGUGUUGGCCUAUGGAAAGAGAGCACUGAUUUUUAGCUGAGUUUCCAAGAACUGCUUUGUCAGUGUUAAGAAUGUGGUGUACCUGAAGACUGUUGCUAUGGGUCACCCUCAGAAGAAGCCUACUUCAGACCAUUUCAAGUUAAGCAAUAAUCUAUAGAACCAUGCAUGUUUUCAAAAUUAUUUUAAAGACAUGCUUCAAAACACGUGAAAACACAACUAUUUAAAGUAGCUAUAUAAGAAGGCACAUUAAAGACAUAGUUGCUUUAAAGAGAUUGUGUGCUUGUGCUAUAAUGCAUUCCAAAGUACCUCUUCUGAAUCAUUGAGCAGAACAUUUAAAACAUUUCCUGAUUUUUUUAUGUUAGAAAAAGCCCAGUUAUUAAACCCAUAAUCUUGGAAGAUACUAAUUUACUCUCUGAUAUUUUCUAUAUGCAGGGUCUCAUAAGGUUCAAAAAUAAUUUCCAUUUUAUCCUUUAUGUGUAUUUAUUGUCUAUUGUCAUGUUAUAGUGAGUAAUCCAGUUUUACAUCAUUUUAAUGUAAUAAAAUAACAAUCUU